AUGGAAAAAAUGGAUACUCAAUAUACAAUUCAAGAUAAUCGAAUAAAUGUUUUAUUUGAUCGUGCAUCCGAUAAUAAAAAAGAUCCACAAUUACGAAUAGAAGCUUUAAUUUCAUUUCAACAAAUAAUCGAAAAUGAAAAACAUCUUUUAGAAUCCGGUUUAUUUCAAAUAAUUUGUGGAUUUUUAAAAGAUUCAAUGUUUGAGAUUAGAGAAUGGACUAUAGAUUUUUUAGAUUUUGCAUUCACUGCUUCUGGUUUGAGUAGAUCUUUAUUAAAAGAUAGUUUAGGAAAAAUUAUGCCUACAAUAGGAUAUACAAUUAGUUUUGAAGAAUCAACAAACAUUGUUAAGAAGGCGAUUCUUUGGAAUGCCGGUGUUUAUCCUUUGAUUUACGAAAGAGUAUGCGAAAAUACACAUGAUGCUGAACUACUUUGGAGUACAGCGAUAUCGAUUAAAUCGCAAAUCAUGCGUUUUUUCGAUUCUCCGGGUACCAAACAAGGGAUCAAGAUUUGUGCCGUAAAGUAUUUACAGUCUAUAGUAAAAGUCCAAUCGCGUCAUGUGCAUGAUUCUCAGGUGAUACCACAAAAUGAUAUUUCUUUGGCUUUAUGUCCACCAUCACAUCCGAUAUUGAAUCCGUUAAUGCUUGAGAAAGAAGCAAUUUCUAUUAUAAAUGGAAUGUACAAUUUAUUGGAUAAAGAAUCAAGUAGCGUAAUAACUGCUAUAAUAAACGCAUUAGGUCCUGUUCUUAGAUCUAGACCACAAUAUAUUUAUCCAUUAAUUAAGAUAGUUAAAAAGUGGAAAAAUAAUCCUCCGGAUCAUUUGCCUGAAAUUCCAUUUAAAAGUGGUAAGAACGAUCCUACUAAAUUUCCAAGACAAUAUCGGAGACUUUUACAACAGAAAGAAGGAAUGGAAGAUGGUACUAAAAGUUCUAUGCAAAAGAUUUUUGGAGGUUCUCGACUUUCCGCUCAAGGAUCAUCGAUGAUACCAAUUGAUCCUACACAAUUCGCACUACCUUUCGUGGUUGAUGUGAUACAUUUGGCUCUGCAAGCUAUUCCACAAGAAAGACUUAAUCAAGCAAAACAGGCUUUGCAACAACGUGAAGCACGAUUAGCGGCACUUCGAACUUCUUCAACACCACCUCCGAAUACUAAACAAGAACGACGAAAUCGUAAAACUCUUGAUCCACGAUUAGAAUUUACUAGAGAUGUAACUCCUAAAUCACCUUCUCCCCCCCCUGUCAUUAUGACAGAUGAAAUAGUACAUAUUAAACCUGAAUCUUCCAAUGUGAUUCAGUCAGAAGACUCUACAAUAAAACGUGAGAUUUCGCCCCCUUUAUAUGAUGAUGAUAUGGAAAUUGAUGAUGUCGCUACGGUGAAUAUUGAAGUACCUCAAGAACAAUCAAUGGAUAUUCUUGAAGAUGAAAGUAAAGAAACUGAUAUAAAACCUGAAAAAGAACCUCAGCCUUUACCACCAUCUAUUCCAACCUUUAAAUUUCAACCUUACGCACUUCCACUUCCUGAAACAUUAUCAGAAGAUCAAUGUCAUUUAUUUAUUAAAAAUGUUCUUAAAAAUAUUUUGAAAAUUGAGUCAAUGUUAUCAUCAGAUGCGAAAGGAAAGCGAUCCGACGUUAUUCUCACAACUUUAUCCAAUGGUAAAAGGUUGUCCAAAAGUCAAAUACAUAUGAUGGCUUCAAGAUUAUUGACAAGAGGUCUUGAGAUCUCUUCUGAAAAUACAAAAAAAGCUUAUGAUGAAUUAAGAGAAAUGAUUGUUCAAUUUAUUCUUGAAGACUUUAAGAACAGGUCGGAAUUCGCAUUAACUUGGUUUGACGAAGAAUGGUAUCAUGAUUCCAUCAUGUUAUCAAAGGACCCAUCAUAUAAACCAAAUUAUGUGCUUUGGCUUAGUAGAUUACUUGAUAGAAUUAUGCCAACUCUUGAGGAUAGACUUUUUUUUACUCAAUUCUUAUUAAAUGUUCCAGAAUUACAAGAAGAUAUUGUAGAUCGUAUAAAAAUAUUUUUGAAUGAUCCUGAUAGGAUGUCUUUAGGUUACCACACUUUAAGUGAACUAAUUGAUCAACGUCCUCCUUCUCGACCAUUUUGUAUGAAAAUUUUAUUAGCAUAUUGCUUACAUACGGACAUCAGGACUCGAAGUUCAGCAAUUUCUACAGCAAACAAAUGGUUUCCUGAACAUCCUACAAUAAGUCCAAAUGUUGAAUCAUUUGCAUUACAAUCUCUAAAACAACUUUGUGAUGAGUGUCCGCCUCCAUUAUUUGAUUAUCAUUAUCAUGUUGGUAAUAUGGGUGACACAAAAAUGGAUACAGAGGAAGAAAACGAACCAUUAAAAUGGAAUAUUCAAGAUGUUGAACGUCAUUUGGACUUAUUUCUUUCUCUAUGUUCAAAGAAAAGUGAAUUAUUUGAUCAAUUACUUUCAAUAUACGUCAAUACACCUGAAUCAAUGCAAAUAUUAAUUCGAAAAAAUGCAUCAAAAAUGGUUGAAACGAUCGGAAUUAAUGGGAUAUUAAACCUUUUCCGUACUUUUCCAGAUGGCACUGAAGAUUUUAUUUUAAAGAUGUUGGUGGUUUAUACGAAUAAACAAGCAACACCACCUGCUCAGUUAGUUAAUACUGCUAAAUCAGUUAUAAUGCAAAGGAAUUUGGAUGGAAGGUUUCUUUUCCCUAUAAUUGCAUUUUUUGAAAAGGGUGAAAUCAUGCGAAAUCUUCCUAAGGUGAUUGCUACUCUUGAUGCAACAGAUAAACAACGAGAUAUAGUAAAAAUAGUUUUUCGAAAAAUUUUGACUCCACCACAAAAUGGUGCCACACCAAUGACGCCGAGUGAAUUACUAGUUUCAUUACAUCAAAUGGAUAAAGAUGGCGUAUCAUUAAAACAGUCAGUCGAAGCUAUCCAUAUAUGUUUCUUAUUACCCGAUAUAUUUAAUCAACAAACAUUGGGAACAGUAUUGCAACAGUUAUUUGUACAAAGCGAGUUACCAACUACUUUUAUGAGAACGGUAACUUUAGCUGUAAGAGCAUAUCACGCUUUGGGUGGAUUUGUGAAUGAAAUGUUAUCGAGACAUAUUUCACACAUAUGGGAAAAUGAGGUUUUGCGUAAAGGGUUUAUUUUAUAUGUUACUGAAUUUUGCCUAAAGGUACAACCAAAUAAUUUUCGAUUCUUGUUACAAUUACCAAAAGAAAAAAUUUUGGAUAUUUUGAAACAGCGGGAUCAAACAUUAUCAAAAGCUUUAAAGAAAUAUAUAGAAAAUUUAAAACCUGAACAAAAAAGAACAAUUCCUCAAUUUUUAUUUGAACUAUUUGAAAUUGGUGCUUAG